CUUGAACAGGUUUUGGAAGAAGAAAAAAGGCCGCGUCAAAGAAACCGCUGCGAACCUUCUUCUUUAAGAAGACGAAAGAAGAUACUUUGAUUUUUGGUUUUAUAUGCAAAUGGACGAUUGAGACUGUGAAUUGAGUUUCAACUUCUGCGUGAUUUGGAUUGUCAUGUUGAUGGCGGAUGAUAACUCAAGAGAUUGGUUGUUUGAUGAUGUUGAUGAUGAUGAUGGGAAUAUGUAUAUAGAUAUUCAGUCAAUUUGGGAGAUUCUUGAAGAGAGUCCCGAUCCUUUGAAGAGCAACUUAGAAAAUCUUUCUCAAGAAACGGUGCAGCAAGAUGAUUCAGUCGUUGGUAUUACGAAUAAUUGCUCACAAAGUCAGACAGAGUUGGAGAGGCCAGCUUCUUUGUGGUUUGAGCCGGCACAAUCUGUUCCAUUACCACCCUUACAAAAUUCUGAGGCUUUGUAUUUCCAGAAGCAGAUUCCAGAAGGUUAUAACUCUACAGUUGCAUCUAAUAUCCCAAAUGGUUAUGCCAUGCAUAGCUUCCCUGUUGAUGACAGUAAUUAUGCUUCAGAUUUUAGAGUCAAUAUGCAGCAGAAUUAUUUGAAGGAGGAGACUAUAUUUCAAGACAGGCACUUGGAAGGGGAUGGCUUUUCCCAGUAUAAGAAUCAGUAUCUAUUCGAGGUCGACAGUUCUGAUGAUGCUAAGUACAAACUAAUUGAAGAUGGUGUCAAGGACUCAGUACCACCAGAAGACUUUUCCACUUCCGUAGAGUAUGGCAGUUUCAAUCAUCAAGCAGUUUGGCCCCAUGAAAAUGCCGACUUGGAGUUAUUUAGGGAUAAUGCAUUCUCAAAUUAUGCUAUUCUACCAGAGGUUUCAGUGGGUGAUAGUAGAGGAUUCUCUCAGGUGCCUCUGGUGAGUUCUGCCAAUGCGAAUAUAGUUGAUGCAAAAUUGAAGUGCGAGGAAUUUAGGUUUCCAGCAUCAGGGAGCGAAAACUUGUCUGGAGUGUUUAGUGGUAGAUUCCCAAAUGGAUCAUUUCAGACUUUUCCUUCUACUUUACCUAAAAUAUCUAGCAACGCACAAGCUACGUCUAUGAAUAUCAUGCAUGGUAAUGUUUCUAGGUAUCUGGCAAGCAAGAUGCUUCCUGGUGUUUUGACAUGCUGUUCAAAUAAGAAGGAUAUGAUCCAAAUGGCGGGUGAUAAGCAGGAUACAUUAUUGUACCCUGAAAGUGGUAUUCAUUCUCUUGAUACUGAUCGAACUCAUACAAGACACCGUUUAAUUGCUGAUGGUUGUUCAGUUGAUGCAACGGCCCUAGAGAAGUCCUCUUUGCUGACGUCUAUCUUUAGAAAGCAUACACAUACAAAGGAUGAAAACAACAGAUUUAAUAUCCAACCUUGGUGCAAUGUCACUCCUUUUUCAGGACUUGGCUGUCAAAAGAUUCAGAAUGAUAAACUGAAUAACAGCUCUCACUUUGACAACGAAUCUGACUUGUGUAUUAUUGAAGAUGACGUUGAAACCUCAUAUUCAACUAUGUCUUCAGUGAAUAGAAUGUCCCUCAUUGUUCCCCAAGCUUCUAUAUCUGGCGAGCCCUUCAACCACUCCGGGACCGGAAGUGUAAGGCUUAAGACAAAUGAUGAACAGUUGGUAUUUCGUGCUGCAUUACAGGAUCUUCUCCAGCCAAAAUCAGAAGCUACUCCACCAGAUGGCCUUUUAGCAGUCCCUCUUCUUAGACACCAGCGUAUUGCUCUAUCUUGGAUGGUCCAAAAAGAGACAGCGGGAUCACACUGCUCUGGUGGCAUUCUUGCCGAUGACCAGGGCCUGGGAAAAACAGUUUCAACUAUUGCGCUCAUACUUAAAGAAAGAUCCCCAUCUUCCAGUUUGCAACCUAAUAAUUUGAUGCAUGGGCAAGUUGAAACCCUGGAUCUGGACGACGACGACGACGACUGCGUGACUGAGGUUCAUGGUCUAAAGCAGGAUAAACAAUCAUCUCAAUUGACUCCAAAUGGAAAUGGGCAAAGUGAAAAAAUAAUAGUUGGUAGGCCAGCGGCUGGAACACUUAUUGUGUGUCCCACAAGUGUCCUGAGGCAAUGGGCUGAUGAACUGAAUAAUAAGGUGACUAGCAAGGCUAACCUCUCUGUUUUGGUGUAUCAUGGAAGCAAUCGGACUAAAGAUCCUAUUGAGUUGGCCAAGUAUGAUAUUGUCCUUACGACUUACUCAAUUGUGAGUAUGGAAGUCCCUAAGAAGCCUAUUGCUGAUGAAGAUGAUGAAGAAACUGGAAAGGGGGACAAUUUUUCAUCUGGUAUGAAGAGAAAAUAUCCUUCUAAUUCUCGGAAAAAAUAUUCCAAGCAUAAAAAGGAAAUAGAAACUGCAUUUCUUGAAUCUGCAGCUCGCCCUCUAGCUCGGGUUAGAUGGUUCAGGGUCGUAUUGGAUGAGGCACAAAGCAUAAAAAAUCACAGAACUCAAGUGGCUAGGGCUUGUUGGGGUCUGCGUGCUAAACGUAGGUGGUGUUUAUCAGGGACUCCUAUCCAGAAUUCAAUAGAUGACAUUUACAGCUACUUUAGAUUUCUCAGAUAUGAGCCAUAUGCCGUGUAUAAAUCUUUUUGUUCGACAAUAAAGGUUCCAAUUACUAAAAAUCCCAUAAAUGGAUAUAAAAAGCUUCAAGCUGUUUUGAAGACUAUCAUGCUGCGGCGAACAAAAGGCACAUUUCUUGAUGGAGAACCGAUCAUCACAUUACCACCAAAAUCAGUGCAAUUGACAAAAGUAGAGUUCACGAAGGAGGAGCGUGAAUUCUAUUCCAGACUAGAGGCUGAUUCACGUGCUCAAUUUGAAGAAUAUGCUGCCGCUGGAACUGUAAAGAAAAACUAUGUUAACAUCUUAUUGUUGUUGCUACGCCUUAGACAAGCUUGUAACCACCCCCUGCUUGUCAAGGAGAAUUGCAAUUCCUCUUCCCUCUGGAGACCAUCUAUGGAGAUGGCCAAGAAACUUCCUUGUGAGAAGCAGAUUAGUCUUCUCAAUUCGUUUGAAGCUUCGGCAAUUUGUGGCAUAUGUAAUGAUGUGCCGGAAGAUGAUGUAGUUACAGAAUGUGGGCAUGUUUUUUGCAAUCAAUGUAUCUCUGAACAUCUCAUGAACGAUGUUAACCAAUGCCCAAAUACCGACUGUAAAAGUAAAGUGAGCGCUAAUUCAGUAUUUACCAGAGCGGCACUACAAAGUUGUAUCUCGAAGCUUCCUCAAGAAAACAACGAACUUGAUUGUAAUGGUUCAAAAUCUACAGAGCAGUUUGAGCCGAAUUCCUGGAGUGAAUUGUCAGGCUCAUCUAAGAUUCGAACCGCGGUUGCAUUAUUGGAAUCAAUUUCAAACCCACCAAAGAAUAAUGACCCGGAAACUGAUGAUCAUAGCAGCAACAGAAAGCCUGGAGAAAAAGCAAUAGUAUUCUCCCAAUGGACAAGAAUGCUAGACUUAAUGGAAUCUUCUCUUAAAAGUUCUUCGAUUAAUUACAGAAGACUUGAUGGGACAAUGUCUGUUCAUGCCCGUGAUAAAGCAGUAAAAGACUUCAAUACCCUGCCCGAGGUGUCGGUUAUAAUAAUGUCUUUAAAGGCAGCGAGUCUGGGACUGAACAUGGUUGCAGCCUGCCAUGUUGUUCUUCUGGAUCUGUGGUGGAACCCUACAACUGAAGAUCAAGCAAUUGAUCGAGCUCAUAGGAUUGGUCAGACGCGACCAGUUACAGUAUCGAGGUUGACUGUGAAAGAUACAGUUGAAGAUCGCAUUUUGGGCUUGCAGCAAAAGAAGAGGAAAAUGGUGGCAUCUGCAUUUGGAGAAGACGAGAAGGGUUCGCGCCAAUCUCGUCUAACGGAAGAUGACUUGAAAUAUCUGUUUAUGUCUUGAGUUAGUUUUAGUAGUAGUAGUAAUAAUAAUAAUAAACAGGUUCUUAGCAUUAGAGAAGUAACAUCCUGUGUAUAGGAAGAUGGAUGUGAAGAAAGGAAUAUGAAGCUAGGAAGGAUAUGUUAGAUUCUUUUUUCUAUUUUUUUUUAUCAAAACAAUUAAUUUGAGACCACAGCUAGCAUUUCUCUUUUUCGUUGCUAAACAACAUUAUUGGUUUUUGUUAGUGAAAAUGUUCAUUCUUUUAUGGGAA